AUGGCUUCCGCAAAAGAGUUCAAGGUGGUGCUGGCCGGCCAGUUCGGCACGGGUAAGACCACGUUUGCCACCCGCGUCAGGUCGGCCAAGUCUGACAAGAAGGAGAUCAAGGCGCUGAAGACGACACAGUACCCUGUCAAGCUCCAGACUUCGGCGGGUCAGGUGACGCUCAACCUCUUCGACACCAACCUGCACGCCAAGGGCGGUCUUCCCGAUGACGGCUUCUUCCGCACAGCCGACGCUGCUGUCGUAUUCUUUGAUCUGACCAAGGAGGAGAGCUACACUGCCAUGGAGGACUGGUACGAUGCUGUCAUCAAGGCUAACGGUCGCAAGGGCAGUGAGCCCCUUCCCAUUGUCGUCGUCGGCACCAAGGCAGACAACAUCAAGAGCCGAGACAUCAAGCCAGAGGCGAUCGAGUUCCCCCGCAAGAAGGAGCUUCCGUACCGCGAGAUCUCCGCCCAGGCUAACUACGGUGUCAAGGAGCUCCUCCUCGAUGUCUGCAAGUCUCUCCUCGGCGACUCUGUCCAGCUUACGAGCGAGGUGGACUUGGAUAAGGCUUCGGUCGACAACAUUGACGAAGAGCAGCUCGAGAAGCUCUACAGCCAGUACGAGAAGGCUGCCUAA